CACAGGAUUUUUCUGCUUCCAUUAAAAUUCGGGUCCCCUGGUUUUUUGUCGUUCCACUCUCAUCCCCUUGCUACGGUGCGGAGCGCAGCAGCCCAGAUGAGUCGGAGGAAGCCGACGGCGAGCAGCCGGAGACAUGCCGCAUCUACCGACAGCCUAGGUUCCGUUGAUUCGUCAGGAGUUGAACCGAUUCCCCGCUCCUUCUCGCGCCGAACCUCAUCCCGAGCCUCAGUCUCCCGCUUUCUUGAUGCCCCAUCGGGCUUCUUGGUCGAGGAAGGAGAUCAGGCCGAAUCCAGGGAUAUCUUAGAUGGUGGAUUCGGUUCGUUCUUGACGAACCCAAGGAGCUUCCCGUAUGGAGUCAAGCAGCAGUGCUGGGACAAGGCGGAGAAGGUGAAGGGGCGUGACCCCGAUCGGUGGCGCCACGACGCUCUGGGAAAUAUCGUCUUUCGGAAGCUCGUAGGUUGUCCAGGAUGUCUCUGCCACGACUAUGAUCACAUUAUCCCCUACUCAAAGGGUGGAAAAAGCACAUUGGACAAUUGCCAAGUUUUACAGGCAACUGUCAAUAGAUCCAAGGGGAACAAGAUGGAGGUAUCCAAAUCUGAACUUAUACAGAAGAGUGCGUACUGUAGAGUUUCAGGAAGAGACAUGGACCUCUUAGAACUCUCUGCCUUUGGUAACGUCCGUCGUGGACCAGAUUCAGGAGGGUGCAAUAUCCAAUGACUAUUACAAAAGAUUUUCUAGUUCCGGAGAUUUUCUUGUAAUUGAUUCGACAAUACUAACAAGAUGACAAUUGGGUUUGAGAUGCAUAAAAAUUACAAUCCAUACCACUCUUUAUGCACCAUAUUUUGAGAUACUUGGAUUUAAUUUUUAUAGUGAUAUUCACCAUUAAUAGCUACUUUGAAAGCCAAUUUAGAUUGUAAAGAUAAUUUGGCACACUUGGAUUUACCGAAAGGCACCAGAACAAUGACUUUGAUUAA